AUGGGAAACCCAAAGAAAAGGACCCCGGCGUACGAGAAGAAGCUGCUCAACAACAAGGUGCGCCGGGCCGCCAAGAGAGAGCAGGACCUCGGCAAGAAGCCAGCAGUGGCCAAACUGCUUAGGGAGGCGCGCGCGGCAGCUCGCAGGUCCCUCGAGAGCGUCCUGGACGCGCGGGCCCGCCGCUCGAACCACCGCUACAGGGAGAAGUACGCCGCGAACCAGCAGGCCGCCGCGGCAGAGGCGGUUGCCAACCGCCGCCAGGAGCAACUCACGGAGAAGACGGCCGCUCUCAAGAGCGCGCGGGCGGAGCUGCGCGAGGCGCGGGCCGCCUCGGAGCAGACGGUGAAGAAACUGCAGAAGGCCCAGAAGAAGACCGAGAAGGCUGAGAAGAAGACCGAGGAGGCCGAGGAGGCGCUCAAGAAGGCCACCGCUCCCUGGGAGAGCUGGUGGCGGACCCUCCAGGUGCGCAUGAGGCACCACCUGCCCCCUUGGGCGGCCAAGAAAGUGAGGCUCUUGGCGCAGCGCGGCCCGCCCCGCGGCCCUGCGAACGACUGGGGCUGA